UUAAAAUGUCUUCUAAUGUUAAUUGUAACUCUAAUUUUGAUGAUUGUGAUUUGAUGUUCAAUGAAUUUGCUUCUGCCUUUGGUUCAUUGGAUCUCGAAGGUUUCACUCGGAUGAUUAAUCAAUUGUUCAAUGGUUCUAAUCAACAAUUACAUUCAUCAUCAUGUUCACCUGAUCAAUUGAUUCAAGUUUUUAAUACCUUUGAUUGCGAUGGCGAUGGUUGUAUUAAUAGAGAUGAAUUUAAAUCCAUGUGGUCUAAAUGGUUGUCGAUUGUGAUUAAACCAAAAUCAGCUCUAAUUGUGGUCGAUGUUCAAAAUGAUUUCAUUUCUGGUUCAUUGGGAUUGGAAAAUUUUCCAAGUGGAGUUAAUUGUUCAUCAAUUGUUCCAAUCAUCAAUUCACUGAUUGAUCAAUGUUCAUUUGAGAUUGUUGUUUAUACUCUUGAUUGGCAUCCAGAAGAUCACAUUUCAUUCAUUGAUAAUGUUCAUCUGAGAAAAGUAAAACAAUUAAAUGGUAAUCAGGUUGAUGGAAAUUGUGAAGAGAAAUCGUUGAUUGUUAAUCCAUUUGAUUGUCUCACUUUUCAUAUCGAUCAUGUUGGUGAAAGGAAUCAAAUUUUACCAAAACAUUGCGUCCAAUCAACUUGGGGAUCACAAUUACAUGACCAGUUGAAGGUGAUUAAAGGAGCAAUUAAAGUCUACAAAGGGACCAAUCCAAUUGUCGACAGUUACUCAGGAUUCAAGGACAAUGAAGCGAUAACAUGGACACAAUUAGAUGAACAAUUAAGAUCCAAUGGAAUCACCGAUGUUUAUAUUUGUGGUCUUGCUUACGACAUUUGUGUCUAUCACACAGCCAAAGAUUCACUGUCAUUAAAUUAUCGGACAAUUAUAAUCGAUGAUUGUUGCAAGGGGACAGAUGACAAGAAAAUUGAUUCAAUUCGUAAACAAUUAACUUCAAAUGGUUGUUUAAUUGUUCAAUCCAAUCAAAUUGAACCAAUUGUUUCAGGAACAAUCAAACCUUGGCCAUUAGCUUAUCAUUUGUUUUUCAACAUAAUUAAAACAAAAUAAAGUUUUCUAUCCAUUUUAAUUUCCCAUAAGCCAUUUACCAACCACUUUAAUCACUUGUAAUAUCUACAAUUACAGUCGUCAUUACACUUAUCGCAAUUACACUUAUCGCAAGAUCAGUGUGUUAAUUAGACAAAGAGCUUGAUGUUAACCCUUUACUCAUCUCUAAUUAGCACACCAACUUUAAGUGAUUUAUCCAAAUAACUAAGAAACACUAGGUGGCGCAUUUCAAAAAAAAAUUGCGAUAAGUGUAAUGACGACUGUAGCUAAUUUCUCAAUUGAUUAUCUUUCCUCAAACUCAAAUUCGAGAUCCAAUCAAACAGCGACAUCUAUGAUCGCUAAAAAGCACGAAUUCGACAGCAACGAACUCUGGUGGUUGGAACAUUUAAUUUUCUUCGUUUUUUAA